AUGGUUGCGGUACAUUGGGUGGUAUUUAUUCUGGUUUUCUUAUUCAUCAGUUUGGAUUCUUUGGAUUCCAGUAAAAUUACUGAACAAAUUUACAAUUAUGUGCCUCUGUCAUAUACAUCAUUUUGUACUCGAAAACUUAACCUUACAAAACAGGUCGGUUGUUCCAGUGAUAUCAAAGGAAACUCUGGUGUCGCUUUGUUUAUGAAUGGGUCACAAGACAUUAUUCAGACACUCAGAUCAAAUAAUUUAACUCCAUUUGUAGUGGUUGUAAAUGUUGGGCAGUUUAUGAACACUUCACUUAUGCAGUAUUUCCGUUCAACAACAAAUAUUAAAGGUCUUAUUGUGUUUUCUAACGAGGAAGAGAAUUACGACAGAUAUGCAUUUUCUGAAUCAUCCAAAUGCCCAAAUAGUCUUUACAGUGCUUAUAAUGUUACUGAGCAGUGUGAUUUGGAUACACAAUGGAACCCAGCUGGGACAGAAUAUUCAUAUAUUAAUUGGCCGUUUCCGGUUGUUUUGGUUACUGAUGUGAACAACACCAUUUAG